AUGGCUUCUCUCAAGCGCAAGCGACCUCAUGAUGCAGCGCCAGCUCCAGCUCGGUCUCCACCGAGAGCAGUCCACCGUGCCACACGUCACACCUCAAAUGCCCCGCUCGUCUACAAGGCCGACCCUGAGCCACGCCGCAGACGCGCCAGACGUUCCGGUGCAGACGCGCCCGAUGCACAGCCAGAGGCAGAGGUGGAGGGGAACGAUGACCACGAUGAAGAAGUCGGCGAGUUGAAGAAGACCAGCCUCAGGGGGCGCGCACAUGCACCUGCACAUGCAUCUGCACCUGCUGCGCCCACACACCCAAGCGCGUCGGGGCGCUCAGCACAGCGCCGGCCCGUGCUGCAGGCUACGAAUCAGGCCCGUCCGGACCCGGCCUUGAAGCCUGCAAGGAGCCUCCGCCACCGUCAUGACAAUGCUCAGCACGCCGCCGCCGCCGCCGCCGACGACCAAGCUAACACCAGUCGUCCCGUCCAGCAGAUGCAUGUCGAAUCAACUGCAGACCUGAGACCACGCAGUUCUGCUGCACCGUCGCGAGCUGUCCCGAAGCACACUCCCCAUCCGACGACUGAGCAGCACCAGCAGCAACGCCAACACCAGCACAUGCCCUCGAAUACCCACUCGACCGCAUCCAUGACACAACUCCUCUCCCGCUCGGCCAGGGCCUCAGAUCGCGUCCCAGCAAAUACGAGCAAGCCGUUCUUACAGCCCCCUACGAAGUCGACCCAGCGCUCGCCAAAGUCUGCCAAAAAGACCCAGCAACACCCCAGCAAAGAGCACAAGAAGCCGAAUACCGCCCAGCGGAACAUCGAUAAAGUCGUGUUUGGCAACAUCUGCUUCUCAACGUGGUACCACUCGCCCUACGGCACUGAGGCACUGGGGGACGUGUCCGGGAAUAGCGUCAAGUCGGGCAACAGCAACGGGCCCUCGCAGGACGGGAGUGGCAAGGAUGAAGGCCCUGGGAACGCCACCUCCCGGAAGACAAAAGAAGACAAGCUAGACCGGCUGUACGUCUGCCCAUGCUGCUUCAAGUAUUCCAAGGAGCUGGUACCGUGGUGGCAGCACGUCCACCAGUGUGAGAGGAGGGGCUACGUCCCCGGUGAGAAGAUCUACACCCACCCAAAGGGCCACCAGGCGAAGCACGCCGCCCCCGCCACCGGUACCGGCGCUGCGCCAGCGCCCAAGGAGACAGGGCGCAAGAGGAAAGCUCCAGACACGGCAGCCCAGCCCGCCGAGGACUCGGUCGAAGACCAAGGAGAGUGGUCCAUCUGGGAGGUUGACGGGGAGGAGGAGGGCUUGUUCUGCCAAACCCUCUCGCUCUUCGCCAAGCUAUUCCUGGACAACAAGUCCGUCUUCUUCGAUGUGAUCGGUUUCAAAUACUACCUCCUGGUGCACACCGCGCCGCGGCCUCCGCAUCCGCCGUCCCCCGAGGGCGCCACCGACGAGGGCGAGGCAGGGGAGGAGGCGCAACCGCUACCGCCCAGACACCAGAUCGUGGGCUUCUUCUCCAAGGAAAAGCUGUCGUGGGACAACAACAACCUGGCGUGCAUCCUGAUCUUCCCGCCCUGGCAGCGCAAGGGCCUCGGCGCGCUGCUCAUGGGCGUCAGCUACGAGAUCUCGCGGCGCGAGGGCGUGGUCGGCGGGCCCGAGAAGCCCAUCUCGGACCUCGGCAAGCGCGGCUACAAGCGCUUCUGGGCGGGCGAGAUCGCCGCCUGGCUCCUGGGGCUGGACACAACUGGCGACGACGAGGUCAUCGUCGACGCCGAGGAGUGUAGCCAAGCGACGUGGAUCGUGCCCGAGGACUGCCUGGCGGUCCUGAGGGAGAUGGGCGUCGUGGAGGAGGCCGGGCUGGGACCGCCGAAGCCCGUGGGGCGUGGCACUUCGCCGGGCGAUGACGACGGCAUUGAUGAAACGGCCGCCGUUGCCAGCGGCGAGAAGGAGAAGGAGGUGCCGCGGGUGCGGGUUAGCAAACAGGCUGUAUGGGAAUGGGUCCGGGUGAAUGGAAUCAGCCUGGAGAGGGCAUGUGACCCGGACGGCUUUGUUGAUGGCUACGCUAUCAAAACGGCAUCCGUGGAGGAGGAGGAGGAGGAAGAGUAG